AGCAGAAUGAAUGAUUCUGACACCCUUUUGUGUCAAGAAGACGAGUCUUGUUUGAACGAAAAGAAUUACAUCUUGGGCAUAUGUUCAGUUUCUGAGCGUGAUGAUGAAAAUAUACAAAUGUUAAUUCAAAGAGAGGCAGUCACUUUUCAAACUAAUAGCAAUUGCUCACUUCUGAAGAGUGAAAAGAGCUGGUUUAAGUGCGUUCGUUUGGAUGCCAUCAAAUGGAUUCUCAAUACAGGAGCCUCUUUUGGAUUUCACUUUUGCACUGCUUAUCUCUCAUUGAUUUAUUUUGAUGGUUUCUUUUUAAGAAGAUUGAUUGAUGAUGGAAAAUUAUGGGCUAUUCGAUUAUUAUCAGUAGCUUGUUUAUCUUUGGCUGCAAAGAUGGAGGAACAUAAAAUACCCGCAUUAUCAGAGUAUCAUGUAGAUGAUUAUAACUUUGAAGGAAAUGCAAUUCAGAGAAUGGAAUUAUUGAUUUUGCAUACAUUGGAAUGGAAAAUGAGUUCAAUUACACCAUUUGCUUAUCUCCAUUAUUUCACCACCAAGCUGUGUGGCGAAUGCAGCCAUAAAGAAAUGGUAAUCCGAGCAAUAGAACUCAUUUUCGCCAUAAUAAAAGAGAUUAAUGUAGUACAAAAUAGGCCUUCCAUAAUUGCUGCAGCCGCGGUUUUAGCAGCUUAUGAUUCCCAGUUGACUAACAAUGAACUGGAGAUUAAGAUGAACACAAUCUCAUCAUGGGGGUCCCUAGAAAAAGAGCAUAUAUUUUCCUGCUAUAGUCUACUGCAGGAAAUUGGGAUGCUAGAAUCCAACACCCCUAACUCAGUGGUUACGCCAAAUUUAUUGUUGAUGCCUUCAAGUUCCACAGUUGUUCUUGUGAAUUCUUCACUUUCCACUGCUGGCAGUAAGAGAAUACUUACAUAUCCGGACUGUGAUCAAGAUUGUCCUACUGAGAAAAUUACCCAAUUAUACUGAUCAUUAUGAGUUUUAUCUAAUAC